UCGCCACCUCUAGCAUCAGCUGCUUAAGAAAAUAAUAAUAAAUGCAAAUAAAUAGUGACACUUUAACUGAAUUCAAUGUAUUUAACUUAAACACAUAAGGUCUAAAAGUGCGAAAUGGAAAAUUCAGAGCAUGACAAGGUGAAAAGCACCAGCAAAGUGAUCGGAAACAAAGAAAUACAAAGUGAAUACGCCAAAAAUGCCGGCUUUUUGGUGCCCAACGAAGAUGAAGAAGAAGAAGUUGUUCGCAAUGAGAAGAAGCAGUUGGAAGAUAAAGAAGAAGAAGAAGAAGAUCUGAGAGACAAAGAGAAGGAAGCGGUAAAUUGCGCGGGCAAGAAAGAGACAGCUGCGGCCGAAAUGCAACAACAAAAGUGCCUGGGUACAAGCACCUGUAGAUGCCCCCAACUGGAGGCGGAGGCCAUCAAGGACAAUCGCCAGCUGCUGGAGUUUCGGGUUCGGAGCAGGGACAUCGACUGGCGCCAGUAUGUCCAGCCGCUGGACACCGCAGUCCGAUCGGGAGCGGUCUACUUGGAGCGGCAGGCGGACUUCGUGGGCAGCCACCGGCGACCUGUGACCGAGGCCAAUCGCAGGGAGCUGCUCGUCUGCCACGACAUGAUGGGCAAUUACUUGGAGGAUCGGCACUUUCACAGCUCGGAGAAGUACGACGACUAUCGAUUCGUGCACUGGUCAGCCGUGGAUUACUUUUGCUACUUCAGCCACGAGUACGUGACCAUUCCGCCCAGUGGCUGGCUGAAUGCCGCGCACCGCCACGGAGUGCCGGUGGUGGGCACGUUCAUCGUGGAGCAGCCAGGACGCCUGGAGGAGGUCCUGGCCAGCGAGGAGAGUGUGGAGCGGACGGUGGGAGCCCUGACCCGCCUGUGCCAGCACUUCGGCUUCGAGGGAUGGCUGGUCAACGUGGAGGUGGCCGUUGCCCCGCGCAAUAUGCCCAAUCUAUACCGAUUUGUCCAUGAACUGACCGUCGCCACGGAAUCCCGUGUGCCCCACGGACGUGUCUUUUGGUACGACAGCGUCACGGAGGACGGCCAUCUGCUGUGGCAGAACGAGCUGAACCAGCGCAACGUGGAGUUCUUCCGGCGCAGCCAUGGGACCCUUAUCAACUACACCUGGACCGAGGACCACUUGGAGCGGAGUGUCCAGCAGGCGGCGAAGGAGCAGUCGCCGCGACACCGCGUCUUCAUCGGAUUGGAUGUAUUCGGAAGGAACUGCAAGGGCGGAUUCCAGAGUCGGCAGAGCAUGGAGAGCAUUGCGGAGAAGGGCUUCUCCGCGGGCAUAUUCGCACCUGGCUGGUCCUUCGAGACCCUCAAUCGCUUUGGCUACAACAUAAGAAAUCCCAGCGGCGAGGAGCAGGUGAACUCCGCCUUCUUGGCCAGAAACGAGGCGUGGUGGGCUCGCAUUUGGCCCACUUUGGCCACCCAUCCCUACAGUUCGCUGCCCUUCUUCACGGACUUUUGCGUGGGCUCCGGCCGAGCGAGCUACGAGCGGGGAUUACGGUCGCCUGGCGAGGAUCGACCCUUCUUCAAUCUGUCGCGGCAAUCGCUGCAGCCCUCUGUGCCGCUGGACAGGAAUGCAGUCCAUCAUUUCGAGGAGGCCUUCGCCGGUGGCUGCUCCCUGCUGAUCACGAACUACGAGCGCGCCUUCCGGCUCUUCGUCACCGACUUCGAGCUGACCCGCGGCGUCUUGCUCCUGGGCUAUGCCUAUAAAAUCAAUGGAAAUGCCGCGGCCAUCGACUUUGAUUUGCUUCUGCGAGUCACUCCGCUGCAGAGGAAUAAUGCCGAUCUGUACCUCUUUUGCGGGGACUAUCGUGGCGCCAUUGUGACGCCACAACGCUGCUAUCUCUCGCCCUUGGACGAUGUCCUGCCCCGCGCCCAUGCCAAGCUGCCGCAGGACUCCAGAUCGCUGGGCCCGGGCUGGCAGGUGCGCUACUACCUGGCCAGGUUCGAUGGCCCUGUCAGAGUCCAGGAUGUGGGGGUAAAGUGUCAGCGCCCGGCGGAAUCGACGGCGGAGGCCCAAUUGGGCGCCGUUUACGUGGAGGCCCUGGCUUUGGAGGAUUUGACGGAAACGCGCACGGACAUUCCAGUCUACGGCCAGAGCUUGUGGAGUAAGCAGCCGGUUUAAACACUCAGUUGGUUAGCAAAAAUAUCAAUUUUUUUAAUACUUUUAGGAAGUGCAUAAACUGCAUUAAAAAUUAAUUUCUUAAUAUGUAUCUGUGUUAUAAUAAAGUAA